GUUACAUUUGGCCGCCAUAUAAAACACGCGCAAGGAAUAGGUCACUCAAACGGUCAGGUCCCUGGCAGCUCAGCUCGCUGGUAGGGUUGAACCACCGAAAACGUCUCCUUUUUCUCUCCUCCUUGUGGGCUGGCCUGGGCCCUGUCUUGUCUCCCUUGUUACUUACUAGUUACUAGCUACGGAGUACUUAGUCUACUAUUAUUAAUAUUUAUUAUUACUACUUGUUAGCAGUAGCGUUGGUUGUUGGUGUGGUGUGUGUUGUGUGUGGUUCCCGUAGCCCCGAGCCAAGCCCAGCCCCAACUUCCAAAGCCGCUGCAGCCCCGUUUGUUUGUCUGUUCUGUUUCCCUCUUCUCAACCCUCUUCUUCUUCUCACCUUCUCCUAUUCUUAUUUUUCCUAUCUCAACCUCCAUUAUCAUCAACCCCCUUUCAAUCCUCUUCGUCUUGCUCUUGCUCUUGCACGCACGCCCUCCCCUCGCCUGCAUCAUCCAUACAUACAUACUGUCGUCCUGGGAAACGCUCCCCGAAUAUUCCCGUAUACCGCUCUUGUCUCGACGAAUCUACUACCCAGAAUGACUGCGGCUGUUCCCCUCGACGCCUAAUCCGUCCCUGUGCUGAAAAUAUCCUCUCUCUGGCCCGGCUGCUGCAUACCCACACUCGUUUUAUAUCUUGAUCCUCUGCUUCUUUUAUCUUCACCCAGUCGCUCGUUUGUUGUGUUUUGCCUUUUCCCCCUUCUCGUUUUUACCUUGCCGCCGUUGAUCGGCGCCGGCCCUGCACCAACCAACCAAAGGACCAAUCGACAUAUUUCAAAUGUGCUGCUAGGGGAUUUGACGAUUGCCUUUAACUCCUGAUCUUGGUUUUGCAAUCUUGCUUGUUGCAUUUUAGUACUCACAAAAAAAAAAAAAAAAAAAAGAAAAAAAAGAAAAAAGAAAAAGAGAAAAAUAGCAUACUCUUAUCCCUCACCACCAUGGCUGCUGCUCAAACAGACCUUAUAUACGGUCGCUCUCUCAAUACUCUAUUCCGUCGAUGUGUCGUCAAUUGCCCGGCUAAACCUCCGCCUUGCCCUAAGUGCCCAGAGGGAGAAACCUGUUCUUUGAUAAGCCAAUCCUGUCAGGCCUGCCAGAAAACCGUCUGCAUCAGUCUCGGGGAGGUGGGUGGAGUGGCUGCCCCUGAUGAGCCCGCCUCUUCGAAUAUUGGUGCCAUCGCUGGUGGAGUUAUUGGUGGUCUGGCUGUGUUAGCCGUUCUUGUUCUGGCCUAUUUUUACUUCCGGAAGAAGCGUGCGAACCGUGCAGCUAACCAGCAGUGGGAGUCCGAGUCGUAUGAGAAACAAGAAUCAUUGGCAGGCAGCCGUGUCACACGGCAAUCCACCGUUGGCUCGAUCGCGUCGACUGUUCUCACCAGAGCAUCAAAUGUCAUCCAGAUCGCCUAUAUACCAGGCGUCACCAACCGCUCCCCACCAGACACCCCAGGUCUACUUGUCCCUCCAGUUCCUCCACUCCCCACAGCCAAUGGAAGCACAUACGGUCAGGACCAGCACUUUUUCAUGCCUGGCGAUAUCCGUGAUUCCGUGUGGUCUCAAAUGACAGAGGAUGAUCGUAAGAGUAUGAGUCCCAGUCUCGCUCGCAGCAGCGUGGCUACCACCCUCUACCGCCAUGAUGCCAUCGUCAGCCCCGUCCCUGCUCAGCAAGCCCUCCGCGCCAAAGCUGCAGUCGUCAGUGUCAAAUCUGGAUGUAUCACUCCCAGCGAAAGCCCUCCUUCCUCGACUCCUGUCGUCCCCCCUAUUACUGCUUCCCAAAUCGACAAGGCCAACGCCGUGGGCGCCAAAAUGGAAAAGAAGAAUGAUAAGGCCGCCAACGAGAGGAAGUUUGCCGGUUCCAUCGUCGCCCGCUCCAUGGUUGCACGCCCUGUCAACCUGACCAAAUCCCCUCUAUCACCUCGGUCACCUAGAUCGCCUCGGUCCAAAACCAGCACCAUUUCCGAAACCGAUGAGUCGUCCAAUCCUAUGAUCACCGUCUCGCAAGCAUCGUCCGUGAGAAAUGAACCCGCUAGGAUUGCUGAGUUACCCGGAGAUCUGUCCACAGCAAUUCCUAACCCCUCUAGGGUCGCGGAAUUACCAGGUGACCAUCCUAAUAAGCGUCAGUCCAACCAGUCUGUCGCUGUCACUGUCAUUGAGGAUUCACCGUCUAUCAAACAGAGCCCCUUUGAUGAUUCUCACGCUUCGCCGGACCAGUCUAAGUCGCCCACCACUAAACCGGAUCAGAGCGAAAAGUCUACCCCUGACGAAAACAAUUCCAGUCAGAGUUCCAAUCAGUUGCAAGAACCACACAGUAAACCGGAUUCUGAAAACUCACUCCAGAGAAGUAUGAGUCCCUUCGACGACAAGAAUGAGGUUAAGCCCUGAAAAGUUGAAGGAGGGGAAAAAAAAAACAAAAAAACUCAAUAAUGUUUUUGUUCUUUUCUGUGAAGACGAUACGAAACAAAUAUUUUACAUAAAUACUUCUUUUGUAUGGACACACACUGCUCCUCGCACCACCCUGCGUUCUGGACUUGCUUCAUAUCGAAAUCAUUUCGAUGAAGAUUCCGGGACGACUUACGAUUGAUGGGGCGUAAUGAUCGCAGAAGCUUGGACUGGGAAUAUAUAUGGCGCAUUACGGGAAAGACUCGAUGGUUUGGGUUUUUGGACUACUUUUAUUUUUAUUUUUGUACAAAUGGCAUUCUGUCUUUUAUACCGGGGUUUUUUUUU